GUCAGCAUGAGAUUAAUAUUAGGUUAGAAUGUAGGCGUAAAUCAAUUAAUAACUACAAACGAAUUAAAUAUAAAUUCACGUAUCAAUUUUAAUUCUUAAAUAAAUAUGGCAGAAGCAACUAUUCAGGAAGGUUUUCUCUGUCCUAUUUGUCACAAAGAUUUACGAUCAGCAAACAAUUUAAUAACCCAUUUCCAAGAUUUACAUUCUGAAGAUAAAGAUCUCCUUACCUCUAUUAAAGAAAUUUAUGGGAAAGUGAAGAAAAAAAUUUUAACUGUAGAUGACCAAGACAUUGAAAACUUUAGAAAAGAAAUCUCUUUACAGGAAAAGUAUUAUUUAGAAUAUAGUGAACCACAAGACCCCGGACCAACUGUGAGCCACACAGAUUAUUUUAAAUCGAUAAGAAGAGAUAGGUUAGAUCAUAAAACAGCUGAAACCAAUAAAUUAAUAAUAAGAUUAGAUAGAUUAUUACGAGUAUAUGCACCAGAUAGAAAACAACAUGAACAGGAAUUAGUUGCUUGGUUAGAUGGUUCAACAGUUUCUAGGUGUCCUUCUUGUGCUUCGUCAUUUAACAUAACUAGAAGACAACAUCAUUGUAGAUUAUGUGGAAGUAUUAUGUGCAAUUCUUGUUCAUAUUUUCUAUCAUAUGAAACUGCCCAAACCAUUAUAACACCUUUAAAUAGCGGAGGACCUAAGGAACCUAAUCCUAACAAGGAAACUGAUAGUUUAAGGAUAUGUUACCAUUGUUUGGAUAUGUUAGAUAGUAGAAGAAGAGUUCAAAUCGAUCAAGUUUUGCAACCUAUUAUUUGCCAAUUAUAUUCACAUUUACAAAAUAUGAAAUCUCAAGUUGAAUCAUCAACUGAUAUGUAUAUGAAGGUAUACAACUCUAUAAUAUCCGGUGAAACGACAUAUAUCCUACAAGACCUGCAAUCUCUUAGAACAACAAUAGCAGAUAAAGCACAAAUGAUCGAUACAAUUAGCAAAAAAAUAGCUUCACUUUCCGUAGAUCCUUCCACGCCAAAAGCAAUGUUAUUACAAAAUAAUAUUCGAAAAGCUACAUCAAUGUAUAUAAAAGAUUAUUUAUUAACUCUUCCAGCUCCACCAACUCUACAAGAAAUCGAAAAAAUAAGAUAUGAAAGGUCUUCGAAAGCGGUGGAAGAUGAUGAUAUUCCAGUAAAAAAUACCAAUAUAAAGAAAGUAACUGUCACCACAGGUUGGUCUCCGGCUAACGUGAAAAACGAUGUCACGGUAACUGAGGAAGAAGAUCCUCUUCUAGAACAAAUAUCUAUCGUUACGAGCUAUAUUAAACAAGCUAGGGAAAACCAAAGGUUCGAAGAAGUUGCCUCUCUACAAGAAAAUCUCAAUAUGUUGAAGGAAAUGUAUAGAAAACAACAUUAUAAGAACUUAUAAUCGAGAUGAUUACUUUAAUUUAUUCAUUCCAAUAAAUUAUUUGGUAUUGGCACAAACUAUAA